AUGAGCGGCGACACGGUUGUGAACCACAGUUAUUCCCUGGCCGCGGAGUGCGGCUCUGAGAUGAUAGGCACAUGCCUGGUGAUCUACCUGGGGGAAAGCAUCAUUGCCAAUGAGCUGCUCAGCAAAACCAAGGGGGCCAGGAUGGGGUGGCUGGCUGUGGCGCUCGGCUUUGGCCUGUCCUUUGGCGUCGUCAUCAUGAUGUUUGGAUACAUCUCCGCCCACCUCAACCCAGCCACCUGCCUGGCGCUGUGGGUGGCGGGCAAGAUCUCCUUCACCCACUUCCUGGCGCUGUCUGGCGCGGAGUUUGCGGGGGCGUUUGUGGGCGCCUGCCUCGUCUUCCUGCACUACCUGCCACACUUCAAGACCGUGCCCGAGCCCAUGGCCUCCACCGCCGACGACAUGCUGCUGCGCACCCGCGACGCGCUCAGCCCCGAGGCCCUCAACAUCGCCUCGUAUGACACUCGGCGGCAGGCGCCUCGCGACUUCAAGGGCGUGGCCGCCACCAUCAAGGACGCCAUCAACGACGUCAGGUGGCGAGCGCUGUUCCAGGGCUACGAGGGCAUGUGGGUGGGCUUCUACGUGUUUGUGGUGAUCCUGGGGCUGGGCGGCCCCACGGGCAUCGCCGCCAACCCGGCGCGAGACUUCUCACCCCGCCUCGCGCACGCGCUGCUGCCCAUCGCCGGCAAGGGGCCCAGCGAGUGGUACUAUUCCUGGAUACCCUUCUUUGCGCCCCUGUGCGGCGGCGCCCUGGCGGGCGGCUUCUUCCUGGCGGUACAGAAGAUGAACCAUUCAGAGUUAGCUUGA